AAUGUCACCUUUUCUGUGCAUUUCUUUCGCCUAUCCAUUUUCAUGUCAUCUCCAGUAGAUACACCUUAUUGGACACCCAUACAGCGAUGUAUGCCUGCAUUAGAAGAAAAACAUACCAUCAUUAAAGACAAUCCUACUCAAAAAUCUAUUAAUGAAACAGGAAUAUGUUUGAAAGAGGAAAGUAAUGAAUCAAUAGGAAAAGAUAAGACAGCUGUGAACAGCUUAAAUAGUAGCAGUAGCGAUUCACUUGCAGAUCAUACAUCAUCAUCGCCUACUAAACCUGUGACGGUGUACGAAUUAAACCAGCAGGUUGAUACAACAAAACUAGAAACUCAAGUUAUCAUAAUGGAUCCGACCAUUGAAGACGAACAAAUGAUGGAUCCAAUAAAGCUUGGACCCAUACCCGAGCAAAAUAUAGAACAAGCCGCAGAGUUUGUCGUUGACUUUGAUAAAGCAAAUGGAAGAACACUCAGAGUAGAGCAUGCAUCAUCCGGGCCGAGUAUUACAGGCAGCAGCAGUAGUAGCAGUAUGAAUACCAGUAGCAGUAACAAUAGUAGCAAUAAAGACAGUUUAGAUCCCUACAAGGCAGCGGCGUCUGAUGUCGAACAAAAAUGGCCUGUGCCAAAGACUAUUGAAGAGAUGUAUACCUUAUACGAACAAGAAAAGGCAAAAGGUGACUCGCGUUCUCAGCUGGCACUGUGUUUACAUCUUUUGCAAUGUGCUUCCAAGGUGAAUCCAGAAAACAAUAUUGUUGUUCCUCAUGAUAUGAACAUUACUACCCCUAAUCCUGGUACAGCACGUCAUCAACUCCUAGAUAGUAUCAUGGCAACGUUAAGACAACAUUCUCAAAGCAAUCCUAACCUGGGCCAGCUCAUGGUGAAGGAGGCCAAGCAAAUUUUAAAGCAAUUAGCCACGUCUGGCCAAAGCGCAGGACAAGCAGGUGACGCCGAAGCGCAAUUCUUACUCGGAAGUUGUUAUGGCAUGGGCGCUCUCGGAUGGCCAAUGAAUCAUGAACAAGCGUUUGCCUGGUAUUUACAAGCAUCAAAGCAGCGACAUCCUGAAGCAACAUACCGUGUUGGUGUUUGCUACGAAUUAGGAUUAGGUACCGCAAGAGAUGGUGGACGUGCAGUUACAUUUUACAAGAAGGCUGCUCACUUAGUGCAUGUCCCCAGUAUGUACAAACUAGGCGUAAUCUAUAUGCGAGGCUAUUGCGGGCAACCUGUGAUUAAACGUGAUGCAAUCAUAUGGCUACAAAGAGCAGCAGCACAGAGCGAUACGAUGACAGUCGACAGCGAAAUGGCACUUCCAGAAGCACUCCAUGCGCUAGCCAUCAUACAUCUCAACAAGGAGUGCCAGGAUACAAGUAUAAUCCCUGAUACUCAGUAUGCUAUCAAGUUACUGCAUGAUGCAGCUAAUCUAGGCUAUGCACCCAGUCAAUUCAAAUUAGGCGAAUGUUAUGAAACAGGAUCACAUGUUGUCGAAGACGAAGCACAGUCUAUACAUUGGUACACACUUGCUGCAAAACAGAAUUAUGCAGAGGCCGCAUUAGCUUUAUCCGGAUGGUACUUGACAGGUUCGAUCAAGUCUAAAGCUCUACCGCAGUCUGACUCGGCAGCCUAUACAUGGGCAAGAAAGGCUGCUGUACUUGCUAAAAGAGCCCAGUUGAAACCAGUGGCUGCAGAUGCUUACUACAGUUUAGGUAUUUUUUAUGAGAAUGGCAUUGGUGUUAAGCAAUCUACCGAGAAAUCAUUGAAAUGGUUCCGAAGAGCGGCUCACUUGGGCCAUCCAGAAUGUUUAAAGAUGAUAAAGAAUAGUAAUGAAGAUGUCAAAGAAGGCAAUUAAUAGAAAAAUAAACGAUACACUUUUCCCUUCAAAGUCUAUUGCCCCCUUUUGAUGACCUUGUUCUUUCUGCCGUACAAUCCCUUUUCAACCGUAAAUUUCUUUGGUUAAAAGGGAAAUAUUCCUCCGAGGAGGAAAACAGAUUGUUGAUCUUCUCCGACUUAAACUUUGGAAUAAUUUGAGGAAUAUAUCUCGACAAUGAAAGUUGUGGGCUCUUUUCUUUAAAAGCUUGUCAUCAGUCUAGUUAUCAAUACCUAUUUCUUUGAUAAUUUUUUUGUUAUGC